CACACGCACGCGUCGCGCAUGUUUUAUUUUGCGGUGCAGGCAGGCAUUUCGCACGUGUAUUCUGAGUCGUCUUCAAUUUAAGGAAACUUUUACAGUUUAAGUUUGUUCUGUUCAACGAAAAAUGGUAGCUCACAGACAGAAAUCUGCAAAACGAAAGGCACCGGCUGUUCCAGAGCAAAAACAUACUGAGAAAUUGGCAGCAAAGUUGAGUGCUAAAACCGACCAGCUGAUCGGCGAGGAAUCAGCCAGUGAUUAUUACGAAUCAGAUGAGGAAAACUUUCUCACUAACAUUAAUAAUGAAAACGAUAACGACAGCUCUGAUUCCGAUGGUGAAGGUGAGGGUGAGGGUGAGGAUGAAGAAGCAGGCUCCGACGAAGAGGUGCAGGACUUCGAGAGUGUCGAUUCGGAUUUCGAAGAUCAGUCUGGUAAAGAAGAAAGCGAACAGGAAGCCGAUGGUGAAGAAGAGCUCGAUUCGGCGGACGAUGUGAACAGUGAUAGUUCACCAGAACCGGACGACGAAGACGAUGAGAGUGAUGAUGAACUUGAAUUCGAAGAAGACGUAGCAGAACCAGAAAAACCGAUAGCUUUAGCAUCAAAACACAAAGAAGGUAAAUCAAAUAAUGCUAAGGUAGCUCAAAAACCAGACGAAUCAGGUGAUGAAAAUGACGAUGACGAAGAAACCGCGCAAUUGCUUAAAGCAGCCAACAAGGAGGAUGAAAAAUUGGUUGAAAUUGAUAGCGUUUUGGGAAAACCCAUAGUCAAAACCAGAGGCGUUGGCAUGUUUCCUUCGGAAUCAAAAUCACGCCUCCAGGAAGCGGAUGAGUAUGCCGCAGGAGAUACAUCGGAUGAGGAGGAUAUCAGAAAUACUGUCGGAAAUAUACCGAUGCAUUGGUACGACGAAUACAAGCAUAUCGGUUACGAUUGGGACGGAAACAAACUGAUCAAACCGCCGAAGAGUGAUGCGAUCGAUGAUUUUCUCAAGAAAAUGGAAGAUCCAGACUUUUGGCGAACGGUUAAGGAUCCACAAACAGGACAAAAUGUUAUCUUGAGCGAAGAAGACAUUGGCAUCAUAAAGAGAAUAAUGGCUGGCAGAAACCCGGAUGUGCAGUAUAAUGACUAUGAACCUUGGAUCGAGUGGUUCUCGUCAGAAGUGGAGAAAAUGCCAAUCCGUAACAUCCCGGACCACAAGCGAUCGUUUUUACCAAGUAAGUCAGAAAAGCAAAAGAUUGGUCGUCUCGUGCAUGCUCUCAAGAUGGGUUGGAUUAAAACGCGCGCCGAAACCGAACGGCUAGCGGCACAGAAAAAGGGUCCCAAGUUCUACAUGGUGUGGGAUACUGAUCACGGAAAGGAAGAAAUGCGACGCAUCCAUGAUCACGUGGUAGCCCCGAAGCGUCCCCUUCCUGGUCAUGCCGAAUCGUACAACCCACCGCCAGAGUAUUUGUUCAAUGAACGUGAGUUAGCAGAAUGGAACAGUCAUGAGGAAGAACCCUGGAAGAGAAAGUUGCACUACAUCCCGCAAAAGUACAACUCCCUGCGGGAGGUGCCUUAUUACGAUAAAUACAUUAAAGAGCGUUUUGUACGUUGCUUAGAUUUGUAUCUCUGUCCUCGUGGUAAAAGAACUAGGGUAACCGUCGGACCAGAGUAUCUUAUACCGAAGCUGCCUUCGCCAAGAGAUCUGCAACCGUUCCCAACUUUGCAAAACCUGAUUUAUAAGGGACACACCGAUAUGAUUCGCUCUAUUAGCAUUGAGCCUAAGGGAGAGUAUUUGGUGAGCGGAUCCGAUGAUCAAACUGUUAAAAUUUGGGAAAUCUCUACUGCUCGAUGCAUCCAAACCAUCCAAACGGGAGACGUCGUUCGUUCGGUGGCUUGGUGUCCGAAUAGUAAAAUUUCACUGAUCGCGGUGGCAAGCGGAAAACGUCUGCUGCUUAUCAAUCCUAAGGUGGGCGAUAGUUUGAUUGUGAAAAAGACGGACGAUCUAUUGGUGGAAGCUCCCAAAUCGGAGGUAGUCGAUAACGAACGAAUUGCUACUGCCGUACAGUGGGUGGAAGUUUCGGAAGAUGACCGGAAAGCUGGCGUGCGUAUCGUUAUCGAUCAUUUCAAAGAAGUGAAACAGGUUACGUGGCAUGGUAGGGGAGACUACUUUGCAACAGUUAUGCCCGAAGCGGCAAACCGGUCUGUACUGAUUCACCAGUUGUCCAAACGAAGAUCACAGCUGCCGUUUUCCAAAAGCAAAGGACUUAUUCAAUGCGUUCUUUUCCAUCCUGUAAAGCCGUGUCUUUUUGUUGCUACCCAGCGACAUGUUCGAGUUUACGAUUUGGUUAAACAGGAGCUACUGAAAAAGCUAUUUCCGAGUUGUAAAUGGAUCUCCAGUAUGGCCAUUCAUCCAAAGGGGGACAAUUUACUGGUGGCUACGUACGAGAAAAAAAUGAUGUGGUUUGAUCUGGACCUGUCCACACGACCGUAUCAACAGCUGAAGUUACACUACUCGGCAGUUCGGAAUGUAGCGUUCCAUCUGCGCUAUCCGUUGUUUGCAUCAGCUAGCGACGAUCGUAGCAUAAUCGUGUCACACGGAAUGGUUUAUAGUGACCUGCUGCAAAAUCCACUGAUCGUUCCCCUAAGACGGCUGGAACAUCAUGAUCGUGUUAAUGAUUUUGGAGCGUUUGAUGUCGUGUUUCACCCAACGCAGCCAUGGUUGUUUUCGUCUGGUGCGGAUCAUACGAUUCGGUUGUAUACAUAAAAUAAUAUAAGUUUGUGUAUAUAUGCGCUAGGUCUUCUGCCAUUGCUUUUGUUUCAAUUUAUUUUUGAAAUACAAAUUCACAGAUUACUAACGAUUGUUCUCUAGAAAGUAAAGUAAGUUCUGCUUCAA